AGCUUUAUCUAGGCAAUUCUGCAGCAAUUUUAGGUGUUGAUUCACUAAAAUUGGGUUGUACGAGGCUCUUUAAGCCCACUUCUAUUGUAUCAUCAAUUCAUUUCACAAUUGAUUUAGUACCGUCUUUGUAUGGAUUUUAUCUAUAUGAAAAAUGAAAAAUAGGUUUGUAGUUUGACAGUUUUGAUAGAUAUUCAAAGAAUUAACUGGCUGUGAGGUUGCCUGUUGAUGCAAGCCUUUGCCGUUAGAGAGACCCACAUUUUACCCUCCUAGUGUUUGUAUUUUAUCCACAGCAGGGAUCAGUUGUGAUAAAACUAUGAAAAAUAUAAACUGAUGUCGUUUGUUGUUUAAUUCACUUUUUUAAAGCACCAAAACUUUCCAAAAUGUUUUCUAACCUAUUAUUGCAAAAGAUGGGAGUGACAAUAGCCCCUGCUAGCCCAAUGGCUGCACGGUGCCUCAUUUGACGUAAGAAAAAAUGUGGCCUAAAAACGGCUCAAUGUAGAAUUCCUCCUGAUUAGUUCUUGAGGCCUCUCCUCUUAAUGCUGAAUGUCAAUGACUUUGAGCAGUGCCUCAAAAAUGCACCUCAGACAUGUGUAAGUGGAGGACACCAGCGUAAAUUUCUCUACUGAAGAUUUUGACGAAAUCUGUAAUGAUCUAAAAACUGAGGUUGACAAUUUUGCAGAAUGGUCACGCCAGUUUGAACACUGAUUAAGCAGAAUACCGUAAAUUCUCGAAUUAGCCCCCUGGGAGCUUAUUUAUUGCUGACAUUUUUGGAUAGUGGCUUAUUCGGGGGAGGGGUUUAUAAAAUUAUUGUGGACAUUAAGAAGACCUCGUUUAUUUUAGUAGGAAUUUGUUUAUGAGCAUUCAAUUAAUUGUUACCAAAAGUAUAUAUUUUUGUGGCAAUUCGAUAAAACGCAAUUGUAAUUGGAGAGCCAAUCAGAAUCAGACGUGUCAAGGAAGUUUAAUACCUUUGCAUUACUGUGGGUGAGAAUCUUAUAUUAACAAGCAACAUAAAACAUAGAAGGUAAAAUUAAGAAUGCCCUCUUUUCCCUUUGACAACUAAAGAACAUACUACCGCUAUUUAGAUCGGAUCAAUGGCGCUGCUUGAGGGUAAUCUGAAAAACUGUCAUGAGCUAUGGGGCUGUUUUUUAAAUACAAAGCUUGAUCAUACUCAGCUUUCACAAACUAGAGCACGCAAAGCUAGCAGAUUUCAUGAAAAAUUGAUAUUUAUUUGUAUAGCGGUAGCUUUUUCUUUUUUAGCUGAUAAAGUACGUGUGUUAAAAUAUGCCAUGAUAUGUGAUAUGAUAAUAGAUAAAAUUCCUCUAUUUGACGGAAAUUUAGUAUUUGACUGCACUCUGAGCCAUGAUGCAAGCUCCUCACCAUUGAAGACCAGUCCGGUAAUAAUUUACACCGAGGGGCGAUUCACUCUUGCAAAUAGCGUACGAGAUUUUGACUAAAACAAAAGGAUUUCUGGGAAUUUUCAGAUAAAACAAUAGGAUUUUCACGAAAGGUGUAGAGUGAUUCGCGCCUCGAUGUUUUUGGUCUGCGGAGCACAAAAUUCUUCUGUGCAUGAAACUGACGCGGCGCAGGAGAAACAUGUAAACACACAGCAGAGCAGCUUUCCAAAUCAAAACAUUGGGCGUAAAAUGGCUGCCGUCAGGAUGCCAAUAUCGCCCCUCGUUCAGGCAAAUCAAGGACUUAUAGAUGCCCGGCAUAAGGAAAAUAUAUUGUCAACAAUAAAUACUUAUAGGAAAAUCAGAGCUUUCACUGAUGUUGUUAUCUAUUCCAGUAAAGUUGAGUUCCAUGCACAUCGCCUCAUUUUGGCCAGCAAUUCACCGGUCCUAGAAAGUAUGCUUCGCUCUGACAUGAAGGAGAAAGCAGAGGGGAAAAUCAAUUUGUCUGAUAGUAGCAUUAGCCCUAAAAUAUUGGAGCAAAUUCUGAUGUACAUGUACAGCUGCAAAAUCAACAUAACUAUUGAUAACGUUGAACAACUCUUGUAUGCAUCCACUUUCCUUUUGAUGCAGUCUUUACGGAAAUUCUGCGAAGAAUUUUUACUCGAUGCUCUUAACAUUAAUAACUGCCUUGGUAUACGGGAAAUUGCGUCCAAGUACGAAUGCCAGCUAUUGCUUAACAAAGCUGAAGAUUUGCUAAGGAAAGAAUUUUUGGCAAUCUCUAGUACUGACGAAUUCCAUUUGAUUUCAGCGAACCCACUUCGUGAGAUUUUGGCAACCAGUGAUAUCCAAGUUAAUCACGAAGAUGAUGUUUUGAAAUCAAUGAUCGAGUGGAUAAGAAAAUUCCCAGACGAAAGAGGUAAACAUUUCAAUUUGCUAAUUCAAGAAGUGCGUCUGCAGUUUCUAACUGACGAAAUGCUGACAUUCACUGAAGAUUUUUGUAGUGAUGUUAUUGAUUUAGAAGACAGGGUUGGUAUGCAAAUUUUGUUCAAAGAUGCUUGGUUUGCAAAACAUGAAAUUAUUUGUUCUGGGGAGAAAAUUCAAGUUGGUAAGCACAUUAAACCUAGAGACUGUCUUGACAAACGAACAAUUGUUCUAUCUUGUGGAGGCUAUGAUGGAACAAGAUGCCUGCAGUCAUGUCUUGCCUUAAUUCCAGAUGAAAGAAAAACAUUUGCCCUUACUUGUAUGAAUGUUGCUAGGCAAGAUCAUGCAGUUGCUCAAGUAGGGGACUUUAUGUACGUUAUUGGUGGUUUUAAUAGCCAUAAAGGUCAUUUGGACAGUGCUGAAUGUUACAACCCUGUUCGAAAUGAAUGGAAAACAGUUAACCCCAUGAUAACGAAAAGAAAGGCGUUAGCAGUUGCUGUGUUAAAUGGAAAGAUCUAUGUUACUGGUGGACUGGAUGGAAAUUUCAGGUCCUUAUGUACAACAGAAUUUUAUGACCCAACAUUUGGCAUAUGGCAACUGUCAAGUGAUCUGAAUGAGCCAAGAUACAGUCAUUGUCUUGUUUCUAACGGUGAACACUUGUUUGCAAUUGGUGGCUGGAAGCUUGCAUCUGUAGAGAAAUUUAACCCAUCGGAAUCAACAUGGAAUUUUGUCGCUGACAUGUCGUGUCCUCGCGCUGGAGCGACUGCAGAGUUUUUCAAUGGACACAUCUAUGUAGUUGGAGGGCGUGGUGAUAAUGGUUGUCUCAGUACAGUAGAAGCCUACGAUAUUGAUAGAGAUCAAUGGGUGCUCAUGGCAGACGCCACCGUUCCCAGAUGGAGAGCAUCUUCAUGUAUCAUGGGCGAUUCUAUGUAUGUAAUUGGAGGGCGAAAUUCAAGCUGGCAAUAUCUUGAUUACGUCGAGAGACUCGAUUUCAAUGAAUUGCAAUGGCAGGAGGAGAUGAAGCUAUUUUCAAAGCUAAUGGGACUCAACUGUUGCACGAUAGAUGUACCAAAUGUUCAUCUAAGUAAACAACUCGGAAACUUUUCUCGUCUAAACAUGGGUAGCUAGAAUACCUAAAUGCCUAUCUGUUUCUUUUUUAUCUUUAAUUAUCUUCACACCUUUACCUUGGAAUAUAGUCUUCGUACAUUGCAUUUUAUUAAUGUAAACAAGACCAAAUUGUUUAAUAAUCUUUUUAUAACAAAUAGCAAAAUUUCGGUAUUUGUAAUCGGCGGAAUUAUAGCAGUAUAAAGCAUUUCAUAAUU